AUGAAUGAUAUUGAAACGGAUUUGCAGUGCUUUCGAUUUCCAUCAACAACGAUAAGAGCACCGCGAAGCAUCAUGAAAUAUUAUCGAUUAAAAGCGAAUGAAUCACGAGUUCUUCUAUUAAUAACAUAUCCGAUCUUUAAAAAAUAUUUAAAACCUAUAUAUUAUAAACAUUUACAAUUGUUAUCAUUUGCAUUACAUGGAGAUGCACAUAAAGCUGAUACAUCAACACGUACAUUUGAAAAAGUUGGAUUACUUAUUGGUCUUAAUCAAGCAUCUCAAUAUAUAGGAUCUGUUCUAGUAAGUCCACCUGUUAAACGUUGGCGAAUACAAUUUGUUCUUUCAAGUAUAAUUUUUAUUUUGGCAUUAUCAACAGCCAUUUUUAUGAUUAUUGAUGUUGCAACUGGUGGACGUAUAAAACCAAAAGCUGGUAUAACACUUGGAAUCGUUGAAUCGAUUCGGCGUGUGAUUCCAGCUAAUAUUGUUGGUGGCAGUAUGAUUAAAUUACGAAAAAUGAAUGCUGUAGUUCAUGUUUUCUAUGAAUUAUCAGGUGUUAGAAAUAAUUAUGCAUUUAUUAUAACACCUAUUUUAUUCACAAUAUCAGGAUUGAUUUGGUUAUUGAUUCAUUUAGUUCCUGAAAAAGAAAACCAUGUCAAAUGUGAGCUUGUACCAUAUGUAAUACAAUCGAAAUCAAGUUUUUCUAAAGGAAUUACAGAACCACUUGUGUUGUUUAUUCAAUCAGUUUAUAUUGGUGCUAAAAUAGUUUUCACAAGUCGAAAAUUUAUUUGGUUAUUUAUUGUAUAUCCAUUAGCAAUUUAUUCACAUCGGUAUGUUGAAAAUAGUCUUGCUCCACAAGUUCCAAGGCGUUAUUUAAGCCAUUCUGAUUGGUCACCAAUCCUUGUUAGUGGUUCGAAUCUUGGAGAAUUACUUGGCGCUUUAUUUGUAUUCUGUUUUAAUGAUAUUAUUAAAAGUCCGAUAUUACCAGUACGAUUCGAUGCAAUAAUGUUAUUGAUUAUUUGGUAUAUUCCAUUUUAUUAUCCACCUCCUGAUGAAAUUAAAUAUGCUUGGAUUAUAGCAGCAUCAUUGAUAUCAAUCGGAUUUUUUUCAGCUAUCGGUGAUAUUUCUCUUGAUGCAUAUAUUCAAUCAUCUUUAACACGUCUUGAAUCAAAACAUAAAAAUGUAUCACCAUUCGGAGCUGUUAUGUCAUUUCUUUAUUCAAUAUAUAUUGUUAUAUAUUCAAUACCAAAUCCUGUUCUUGGUAAACAUAUUGAUUAUGUUUAUAAUAAAAGUGGAACUGUUCAUUUGGCACUUAUUUAUACGGCUGGUGUACAAGUAACAAUUAUUUUUAUAUUAAUGUUUGCUGCAACAUUCAUUUCAAAAGGUGCUACUGCAUUUAAUCCAGUAUUAAUUGAUGAAGAUGACGAAAUUAUGACGAAUGAUACUCAUGAAAAGUUAAACGUAAUACUUGAUGAAAAUGUUGAUUUUGGUUAA